AUGGCGUCUGCAGAGGUGCUCCUUGCAGCUUGCAGGGAUUCUUUGGGUGCAAUCAGGGACUUGAGGGGGGGUCUAGCGUUUCACAAAGGCAAGGCAGAGGAGCUGGUGAGCAGGCUGGAGUUUUUGAGCCAGUUCCUUGAAGAAAGCAAGCCAACUGCACAAAAGCAGCUGAAAGGGCUGCUUGAACUCUUUGUGCAGGUGUAUAAGACGUUGCAGAAGUGCAGUACUAGGAAGAAUCUGGUGGCGAAGGUCAUUUCGUAUGCUCGACUUGGAGACGAGAUUCUGGAUUCUAACGGGCGCAUCUGCCUUUGCCUGGGAGAUGGGGAGCUCAUCGAGUCGAUUCCCCGGGAGCAUCGGAUGCCGCUGAAGAACCUGAGGAGACGCCUGCAGGACACUUCUCCACUGUGCGUGGACGAGCGGGCAACAGAUGCCAUUCCUGAAGGGGCCGUGCUCCUUGAUUUGGAGGAGACUGAGGAGGGGUGUGGGGUCGAUGUAUGGGGGAGAAUAGGACAUGAAGAGUCAACCCGUGUUAAAGAAGCAGCUGAUUUCCUCUUGGGGUUGGGAGUUGGGCGAGUCUUCCCACACGGGAUCGCUCCACCUGAGAGGCUCUGCUGUCCUCUUACGGGUGCAUUGCUCUUGGACCCUCUCGUCCUCGAGACUGGGAUCCCGUACCAUCGCAAGGGCAUUGAGUUCUGGUUGCAGAGGAAUAUGAGCUGCCCCGCUACUAAGCUCCCAGUCAGCAACAAUGUUGGACUUCCUGAGCCGGGUGUGAGGGCUGGUGCUAUAGCCUGGGUGCGCGGUGUUGGGCUGCCUAGGCUCAUGAAAGAGGUGCUCCCUCCACAAAAGGACUGCGACAGAAAGGCCCUUGAGAAGCUCCUUGGGGAACUCAGCAACGAGGAUCUGGCUGAGCUUGCGAAUGCUUUGGCGAGCUUGAUCCAGCUGUUUGGUCACAUGAUGGAGAACGGGGAAGUGGACCAUCGAUUGCUCAACGUGCCUGGCUGCACAGAGAGCUUAGUAAAGCUCCUGGGGAGCUCUCAUGCUCUACUACAGGAAAUGGCAGCAGAAUUGAUGUGUUAUGGUCAGGUCGAGAGUAGGCUAACAGGUGACCAGUCUGAUGAAGCUGCAAGGCACCUAGGGGCCCUUCUCAACAGCGAAAGGGAGCAGACUCAGAUUUGUGCGCUGGACGCUUUGGACUCGGGGGAACAGUGCAUAACCAUCUUUGAGUUAGGACCAGAUGUGUUGGUUAAGAUAGUGCAGCUUGCUCAGAGCGAGAGCCACGAAGUCCAAAGCAAGGCGGUGGGUUUGUUGGGGAGUCUGUUGAUGUAUGCUGCAAACGGCGCUCAGAAAGACGCAAUCAGCAAGGUGCCGAAUCUUUUCUGGGCAUUGAUGGGCAUCUUUCUUCACCACCCUAGUGCCGACACACAUAUGGAGGCAUUCAGGGCACUGUGCAGUCUCCCCCUCCCAAUCGGUGUUAAUCUUGCGGACGUUCCUGGCUUCAUAGAGAGACUUGUACGACUUGAGUUCCGCCGCGUGGACAUGUACCUUUACGACGCGUCGACCUGGUGGGACGAGUUUGUGGAAACGCCAGAGAGUCUUCCAAGACUAGCCGGGUUUCUGGCUGGCUCAGGAAAGGAGCACCAGGCAGCAAGGGAAAUUGGCAUGCUCCUCGGUCUUCAGGACGUGCCGGGCCUGGAUGCGCUGCUGACAUCAGAGGCUUUGAAAGAGAUGCGUGUAAGGGAGCCUGCGGCGAAGGUGUUGUUGCAGCUGGUCUCCGAGUCUGAGGCGAUACCGCCUGUAAAUACAUGACGAUCAAUUCCACGAGAGAACUUCUGGGUGUAUAUAGGGUUUCUCUGAGCUUUGGGAGUGACUCUAAUCGUUUCGAAAUCACAUUGUUAUUAGGCAGCUUACGGGACGUCAAGUGCAGUGGGUGGUGUGCCCUUCAGAGCACAUCAUAUCACAAGUUGUUGGAUUUUGGCUUGCAAGU